AUGCGGACCCUGUGCACCCUGAGAUAUUCAUUGAUUUUCCUCCAUCAAACAGACGAACUACCCCGAAAAUCGGACAGACGACGCCUACACCAACGGCCACAAACAAGCAUACCCUCCACGUACUCAAACAGGACAACACAAGACACCAAAUCGCACCCCGAGGAGAAGAAGGACUGCAACAGCCAGAGCCUGGGAUACGCAAGACUCAAGGCCGGGAACUAUUUCACUUACAUAGACAGUCCUAAGGUAUCUGGCCUCACCCGAACCCACAAGGUGCCUCUGCCUAUUUUCCUGCCGGGUGCACGCCCCAUACUCCAAACGGCUAUCCGAUACGAGUUGACCCAUGGCACCGAAAGGAGAGGAUAA